AACAAUCAUGUUUACGUGUCAAGUUGACUGUCAUGAAAAUUCACAAUAAAAAAUUCAAAGAAAAUUAUUUAGGCCCAUUUUACUAAUGAUUGGAUAAAAUUUACAACAAUGUCAUGGUUCGCGGACCUCGCCGGCAAGGCAGAGAACCUGCUGAACAAUUUAGACGAGCAGACCGGCGCGGCAUUGCGGAACCAUAAUGUGGGGAAGCCGAAAAAACAUGAAUUUCAUCAGGAAUUUGCUGCUGGGCAGAAAAAGCGGCCUACGGGUCGUAACUUCAAGAAGGUGUCUACUUCAACGGAAACUAGGGCCACUAUUACGCCAAGUCGGAAACCUUCACCUACAUCCCACCAGCCUCGAUCGCCAAGUAAAGAUAGCCAAGACAUAGUCAUCAGAACACCAAGAAGCAAAAAGUCUCCUAACAGAAAGCCUAAUACUCAGUUUAGUCUCAACCAUUGCCCAAGAACUCUGGUGGGUGACAUAAAAGAUAGUGAUGUUGACGAUCAAUAUGGUUUAAAACAGCGCAGAUACAGCUUGCCCGCAGAUUUAGAGCUACUCAGCAGUCAUAACCUGACAUAUAAAAUGCAAAAUUUAGAAGUGGAAAACGCCAUGUUGAAAAAUGAACUCAACGUCAUGAACCGAGAAGUGUCGGAACUGUUGGACAGGCUACGUCGGACGGAGGAUGGUAAUUUUAAAAUUAAUGGUUAUAGUGAAGAGCUAAGCAAGACACAAAUCAAAUUUGAAAAUUCAGAGCUGCACAAUCAAAGGAUAACAUUAGACAGAGACUCUCAGAUCACACAAAUUGAACAACUAAAGCACAAGAUAAACGAAAUAACGAUGGUUGAAGUGGCGCGGCAAAAGGACCACAGUCAGGCCUUGGAGACGGAACUCCGUUUGUUGAAAGAUAGGAAUUUGGAACUACAAGAAAAAAUCAAACAACUCACAGACAAAACCAAUGAAAACAACGCAUCACAAUUAAAACUAGAAAACGAUUUACGACACGCACAAUCCACAAUAAGUGAACUAAAAGCCAACUUAGAAAAAUCAAACGCCGAAUGCCAGAGGCUAGAAAAAGACUGGGAAACGUACAAACUGCGAGUGAAGAGCAUGCUGUUCGCCAAAGACAAUGAAAUUAAAUCCUUACAAGAGGGGAUGAACUUAACUGAAGACACGAAAAACUUGAUCGAACAGUUGGACGGAUUGAAAGAGGAGCGCGAAGUGUUAUCCGACGCGAUAUCCCGGGUGCGAGGCGAGUGUAACGACAUGAAGACUUACAUCGAUCAGCUGGAGUCGCGACACAGCGCGACGGAGCGCGUGGUGACAGCCCUGAGAGACGCUUUGAGAGACGAGAGAGCUGCCAAGAACAGGGCUGAGGCACAGUGCCUUGCUAUAGGAAAGGUAAGUCUUUACAGUGCCUUGCUAUAAGGUAGAUACGCUAUUAUAUUGGAUGUAGUGGUUGAGAUCUACAUAGAUCAGCUGGAGUUGCGACACAGCGCGACGGAGCGCGUGGUGACAGCCCUGAGAGACGCUUUGAGGGACGAGAGAGCUGCCAAGAACAGGGCUGAGGCACAGUGCCUUGCUAUAGGAAAGGAGUUGAAAACCGUUCAAAUCGAGACAGGCCAGACCAUAGCUAGUCUCCGUACAGCGUUACGAGACAAGGAGAACGAGCUAACCAACCUCCGCAACACGACCUCGUCUAUCCGGACCACAGAUACGAGUGCGCUGAAUGUAGCCGACUAUGACGUCAUGCAGGAGUCCAUAGACAAUGAUAAGAUACAUUAUCUGACGGAGACGUUGGUCCAGAAGCAAGGGAAGAUCGAUUCGUUGUUGGCUGAUAAUAACA